AGGCUUACCUCAUCUCGAGUGACCUCUCAACUCCUUCAGUGUCAUGGUGCUUUUGGGCCGAGGUCCACUGGUACAAUCCGCACCGAGGUGGGGCUUUCCCCAGGUUUGGGCCCCCCAACCCAUCGCUGCUCUCUACGACUUUCAACGCUGGCCCGAGUUGUGGAUUUACUACAAGUACUCCUUAAGAAUAUAGAUUUGCUGUUUCACAGAGCCAUGCAGUCUUUGGAAGAGUCCGAUAAUUUUCUGAUUGAUCACGUUCUCGAGGCUGUAGACGAUAUGACAGACUCCAAGCAGCCCAAGGUGCUUUUAUUCGACAUUGGUGGUGUUUGUGUCGUAUCACCAUUUCAAUCCAUCCUAGAUUAUGAGCUUAGUCUCGGUAUCCCGCCAGGGUGGGUAAACUACUCCAUCUCCAAGACAAGUCCUAAGGGCUUUUGGCAUCGCCUUGAGACGGGCUCAAUACCCAUGAACCAGGCCUUCUUUGAGGGCUUCACCAAGGACCUUCACGACCAAGUCCGUUGGGAGGCAUUCUACGCCGCCCAAACAGCAAAGAACCCAUCUCUCCCCAAGGAAACGCCGCCCCUCCCCACCGUCGACGCCAAGUACCUCUUUAACACCAUGAUGGUCAACUCGAUUCCCCCAGACCCGUGGAUGUACCCAGCGCUGAAGAAGCUCAAGGCCAGUGGGAAGUAUAUCCUCGCCGCGCUGAGCAACACCGUCAUAUUCCCCGAGGGUCACAAGCUGCAUAGGAAAGACUUCAUGGACGACCCUGUUCGCAGCUUGUUCGACGUGUUUGUCUCUUCAGCACAUGCUGGUCUAAGGAAGCCGGAUCCGAGAAUGUACCACCUCGCGCUGGAAAGGCUGAACGAGUACGCUGCCCAGAAUGCGAGCUCUGAGAGAGGCCAGGCGCUCAAGUGGAGCGAGGGCAUUAAACCACAGGAUAUCGUGUUCCUGGACGACAUUGGCGAGAACCUAAAGGAGGCGAGGAAGCAAGGAUUCAACACUAUAAAAGUCCAUCUAGGAAGGGCCUACGAGGCUGUAGAGGAACUAGAGAAGGUUACUGGACUGGUAUUGGAGGGCGACCAUCCAAAGGUCCCGGUGAAGCCGAACCUCAAGGGUAGUGGUAAAGCGAAAUUGUAGAGUCAGGCGCACGAAGAA